CGAACCUGGACAUUUUCUACUUGCCCUGACCACAACAGCACCCCGUCGCUGCCCCGCCGCCUCCUACGACGACGACUUGCCCUGUCCUCUUCAAUUCUGAUUCCCUGUUCUAUUACUCUCGUUCUACCUGGAUUUGUCUUCAAGGAACUUUCAAGUAACUGGAACCCCCUUUCAGAGGAUUGCCGGAACCCAGUCAUGGAUUUGGACACUAGUUACGAAGUUGCUCGCGUAGCAGAAUUCAUCCGCAGCCAUAGGGUCACCAGAGUAGCUCUGCAGUUUCCCGACGAGCUACUGAAGGAUUCUAUGACGGUCGUGAAAGCUCUACGCCGUGAGCUCAGUUCUCCUGUGCAGCUAUACGUAAUGGCGGAUACCACCUAUGGCAGCUGCUGCGUUGAUGAGGUUGGGGCGGCUCAUAUAAAUGCCGAAUGCGUUAUUCAUUAUGGUCAUACGUGCCUCAGCCCGACUUCUGUGCUUUCAGCGCUAUUCAUUUUUGGAAAAGCUUCAAUAGAUGCAUCAAAUUGUUCAAGACAUAUACACAAUUGCGCACUACAAAGUGGCAAGCCUGUAUUGGUUCUUUAUGGAUUAGAAUAUGCACAUGCAAUAUCAGACAUUGAAAAAGCCCUGGUUUCUAAAGAGUCUAGCUUAAGUGGAUCCAUGUUAGAAUACAUUUAUGCUGAUGUAAGCUGUUCAGCUAUGAACCCAUCCAAAACAUUUGAACCUGCAAAUCAGCUGGAAUUUGAUGAUACCUCAGCUAUAAAUAAAUGUUUUGAGCAAACUAGCCAAAAUUAUAGCAUUGGUGGUUUGAGCUGGAUAUUGCCCCAGGGACGGAGAAUGGAGGAUUAUUUAGUUAUCUGGAUUGGCUUGGACAAUCCUGCAUUUGCGAAUGUUGUGCUUACAUUCAACAACUGUGAAAUUGUCAGGUACGAUGCAGAAAAUGAUUGUAUGAUGACAGAUUUAUCUACACAGAAAAAGAUCCUUAGACGCAGGUAUUAUUUAGUUGAGAAAGCUAAGGAUGCCAACAUGAUUGGGAUAUUGGUUGGAACACUUGGAACAGCCGGCUAUCUUCACAUGAUUCAUCAGAUGAGAGACCUAAUUGCAAAAGCUGGGAAAAAAUCUUACACUUUUGUCAUGGGAAAACCUAACCCUGCAAAACUUGCCAAUUUUCCAGAGUGCGAUGUUUUUAUUAACGUCUCUUGUCCACAAACAGCUCUAUUGGAUAGUAAGGAGUUCUUAGCUCCUAUAAUCACGCCAUUUGAAGCCACACUAGCUUUAGACAGGGGAGAAUGGACAGGAGUCUAUGUCACAGAAUUCCGAGAUUUGAUUGAUUCAACUCUUCCUAUUGCAAAGAAACAUUCUGAAGAAGCAAGAUUUUCAUUCUUCCAGGGUGGUUACGUGGAAGAUAUGGAUCUACAAGCAGAUAACAAUGAUGUCGAGAAGGAUGAAAUCCUUGCAUUGGUGAGUACUACGGAGAAAGCUCUGCAACUCCGGGAUAGUGAUGACACCAGAUCCCUCCUCACAGCCAAAUCUGGAGCUGAAUACUUUGCAAACCGGUCAUAUCAUGGCUUAGAUAUUAACAGUACCAGUUCCCUCCCGGGAGAAGUUCUGUCCGGGCGAAGCGGGAGAGCUUCAGGGUACACAAAUGAGAAGAACGAUCUAUAA